CGGCCAUCAGUCCUGUUCUCUGAGAUUCAAUGUUCGUGAACGAUUGAUGGGCCGUACCUCUCUAUCAAUUCCACGUUCCGACUAAAGCAGCCUCGGCCCUCUGCUCGACUCAUCCGGCUGUUAUGCGAACGUUAUGACAUUCAUCUUCCCCCUCGAGACCCACGACCAGAGGGCUAUUGUGAUCUGUGGGAUCGUGUUUGGUCUCCUACCGACGAUAAUCGUUUUUCUGCGCAUCUUAGCUAGACGUAAGACGCAUCGAGCGCUUGACACGAGCGACUAUCUGAUCAUUACGUCGUGUUUUUUCACCGUUGUCUAUCAGGGCGUGGCUGUCUCAUCGGUCCUUGUCGGUGGCGUAGGCAUUCAUGUGCAGGACAUAAAAGAUAGAUUCGGCAUCGAAGAUGGUGCGACGUUGUUCCUCAAGCAUUUGAUAGCCAUCCAAGUAUUAUGGGCACUCAGUCUUAGCCUGUGUAGGAUCUCCAUCAUCCACCUAUUUUCGAAGAUCUUCCUGGUUCAAAGCUUUAUUGUCAUAGCCAGGGCUACUUACGUGCUAGUCAUCCUAUGGGCUUUGGCUGCCAUAUUUAGCGCCUUUCUACUCUGCCAACCCUUUGCGUUUAGCUGGGAUAGAUCGAUCGAGGGAGGGACAUGCGGCAAUGCGAUGAUAUCAUGGAUCACGACGGGAGUUCUCAGUAUGGUUUCUGACUUGAUCCUCCUUGUCAUGCCGAUGCCCUACCUGCUAGGGUUGGAAGUAUCGUGGCGGAAGCGGUUGCUACUGGCAGCAACUUUCAGUAUAGGGAUAUUGACUUGCGUCGUCAGUAUAGUACGCAUCGACAUGAUGACUAUGAUUGACUUCGACGACGUAACGUUCACGAUACCGCAUACUGUGUUAUUUAGCGCGCUCGAGCCCUGUAUUGCUGUCACGUUAUCGUGCAUAAUUAUUUUACGCCCCCUUUUCGGCGGCCGGUAUUCGCCGGAUCACCCAACAGCUUACAAUAAUCCAUCUGUCGAUGCAUUAGCGAGGAAGAAUAGCAAUCGACGUUUCAAGCAGCUCAACGAUGAUUCAUCCGAAACAAGAUUACGACCGGAAGAUGUUGGAUAUCGAGCAUCCAUCGCGAAGUCACCCGAACCUUUUAAAGGGUUCGGUAAUAUGGGAGACAUUGCUCUCGAAAUGGGAUCGAUUUCGAUAAAGCAUGAAUGGACCGUAAAGGAAGAGCGGCGGCCAACGAGUUCGACGACCCAGAAAGCGAAGAGCUGAAUAGAAGAGCGCGAUCAUGUACUCCACCACCAAAUUCUCGAUCUAAACAGAAAAAAUUAAAAUAUCGUGUAGCAGCUGAAGUGUAUCACUGGAAUGACCCAUGAACGCUGUGGUGAAUUAUUAAUUCUGAUCUUAGCGUUACUAAUAAUUUAAAGCCCAAUUUCCGAAUUGACUACCCCUUUAUCUAGGCGAUCCUCUUUGUAGAUGAGGGUGUACAUCUACGAAAUAUUUUUAAAAAUUCGCAAGAAGGUAUUUAAUUCCUUCCCAGAUCUCGAUACCGGUAGGUAGAAUUUGGUCAGCGGGUAGGGUGAACCCGUUGCGGCCAGUGUCUCGCAGCUCAAUGGCCCAUCUUGUUUUCGGUUAGCACACGGACGAACACUUCUAA